AUGGCGCUGACCAUGCGUCUGGACCAGCACAGGAUGGACGCCCCUCCUCCUUCAACUAAUCCCACCUCCACUCCAUCUUGUACCAGGUGCCAAACCAGCUUGCCGCCAUCACAGAACAGAACAAAUCUAACUGCUAUCAUAAACUUCAUUCUGGUGGGAUUCCGUAAUCAUCCAGAACUUCAGACUCUUCUUUUCCUGGCUUUCCUCACAAUCUACAUGAUCACCAUGGCUGGAAAUCUUACCAUCGCUGUGCUUGUUAUCAGUGAUCUGCACCUCCACACCCCCAUGUAUUUCUUCCUUGGGAACCUGUCCUGCCUGGAGAUCUGCUACACAUCAACCAUCCUGCCCAGACUGCUCUUCAGUCUUCUGAAUGGAGACAGAACCAUUUCUGUUCAAGGCUGCAUUGUACAGUAUUUCUUCUUUGGUUCCAUAGCCUCAGCAGAAUGUUAUCUCUUGGCUAUGAUGUCAUAUGAUCGAUAUUUAGCCAUAUGCAAACCACUACGGUACACAUCUCUCAUGAAUGGCAAGAUCUGUCUCUGUCUUAUUACUGUCUCUUGGAUGAAUGGUCUGAUAGUUGUCACCAUCAUAACAUCACUAUUGGUGAAGUUGUCAUUUUGCGGCCCCAAUGAAAUUGAGCAUUUCUUUUGUGACUCAGCCCCUCUGUUAAAGCUUUCCUGCACAAAUACCAGCCUGGUGGAACUCGUAAUUUUCAUUCUGGCCUUCACAAACACCAUACCUCCAUUUCUUCUUACCUUGAUCUCAUACGUCUGUAUUAUCAUCAACAUCGUCCAAAUGAAGACCAAGGCUUUGAGGCAGAAGGCCUUCUCCACUUGCUCCUCCCAUCUCAUUGUAGUGACACUUUUCUAUGGAUCUCUGAUUUGUGUCUAUUUAAUUCCUGAAACUAACACAAUGAAGGACCUUCAUGAAACCUUCUCUCUAUUUUAUACUGUGUUCACACCCAUGGUUAAUCCUUUUAUAUACAGUCUGAGAAAUAGAGAGGUCAAGGCUGCCCUUUACAGAAUGGCCAGUAAAGCUGUUAAUGUGGCCCCAUAUCCUUAG